ACUCCAAAACAGGUGCAGAGGGGCGGGUGAAUAAACAGACGGAAACCGGAGAUAAGAUAACACCACCGGAGAGGCAAACAAUUUGAUGUUGAGAAUAUAUUUUUUUUUUUUACAUGCAAGAAAUAAACUUCGCCGUCUGUAUCUGCGCGCUGCGCUCGCUUGACUCUCUUUCGAUACUGUGUUGAGUGGGUCCUUUAUUAUUCUGCGCUACCUCGCCAAUCUCUUUCUGGGGAAGGGGGAGAGCUAUACAGACAGAAAGAUAUAUAGAUAGAGAGAAGGAGAGAGAGAGGGAGAAGGAGAGAGAGAGUGAAAGAGUGAGAGAGAGGAGAUCGCGAAGAAAACUGUUGUGUUCGGGGAUACCCUCUACUCCAACGAAAUAAUGAAAUAAAGUAGUCUACUCUGGAGAUAAAACAACAGAAUUUACCUUCUACGACUCGAAGAUGAAAAAUAAUGGUUAUCGGCUGCGUUUUUAAUUCAGCAUACACACCUAGGCUUUUGGCCACGGAAUACAACCAUUAAAAAAAGAAUGGAUACUUUUGUUUUUUAAACCUGUUGUUGAAUUCCAUUAACAUGGAAUAACCUAGAAAGGAAAUGCGCACCUUAAUCUUCGAGUUCAAUGGUCAUAUCCUCGAAAUCCAAGGCAGCAUCCCCCGUCUUCCUCCCAGCCUGUGAAGCCACGGCUGUAGCGGCCAAGGAGAGCCGCCAUGUCUCAGUUGUACUACAGGAGGACAGACAGCUCGUCGUACCGGGACCGCAUACCGCUGCGAAUCGUCCGGUCAGAGUCGGAGCUGUCUCCCCUGGAGAAGGCCUACCUCACCACCGUGGAGAAAGGCGACUAUGCCAGUGUGAAACAGGCUCUGGAGGAGGCUGAGAUCUACUUUAAGAUCAACAUCAACUGUAUCGACCCGCUGGGCCGCACGGCUCUCCUGAUCGCCAUCGAGAACGAGAACUUGGAGAUCAUCGAGCUGCUGCUCAGCUACAACGUCUACGUGGGCGACGCCCUCCUGCACGCCAUCCGGAAAGAGGUGGUGGGGGCUGUGGAGCUGCUGCUCAACCACAAGAAGUCCAGCGGCGGCAUGCAGGUUCCUCCCAUCCUAUUGGACAAGCAAUUCUCUGACUUCACCCCUGACAUCACGCCCAUCAUCCUGGCAGCUCACACUAACAACUAUGAGGUCAUCAAACUGCUGGUGCAAAAGGGAGUGGCUAUACCCCAGCCCCACGAGGUGCGUUGUAACUGCGUGGAGUGUGUGUCCAGCUCCGAUGUGGACAGUCUCCGUCACUCCCGUUCUCGUCUCAACAUCUACCGCGCCCUGUCCAGCCCCUCCCUCAUCGCCCUCUCCAGCGAAGACCCCUUCCUCACAGCAUUCAGACUCAGCUGGGAGCUGGAGGAGCUCAGCAAGGUGGAGAACGAGUUUAAGUCAGAGUAUGAGGAGUUAUCAGAGCAGUGUAAACAGUUCGCUAAAGACCUUCUGGAUCAGACCAGGAGCUCCAGAGAAUUGGAGAUGAUCCUCAACUACAAAGAUGACAUCAAUCUUCUGGAGGAUGAGGAAAAUAAUGACCUGGCCAGACUCAAACUGGCCAUUAAAUACAACCAGAAAGCGUUUGUAGCCCAGCCAAACUGUCAGCAGCUGCUGGCGUCUCGUUGGUACGAUGAGUUCCCCGGCUGGAGGCGUCGCCACUGGGGAGGGAAGUUCCUGACCUGUGUCUUCAUCAGCAUUCUCUUCCCCGUCUUCUCGCUCUGCUACCUUAUAGCGCCCAAGAGCCGCUAUGGACUCUUCAUCAGGAAGCCCUUCAUCAAGUUCAUCUGCCACACGGCAUCAUACCUCACCUUCCUGUUCCUGCUGCUGCUGGCCUCUCAGCACAUCGUGACCACGGAGCCAGACAUGCAGGGCCCGGCACCCACCACCGUAGAGUGGAUGAUACUACCCUGGGUUCUGGGUUUUAUCUGGACAGAAAUUAAGCAGAUGUGGGAUGGAGGUUUCCAUGACUACAUCCAUGACUGGUGGAACCUCAUGGACUUUGUGAUGAACUCUCUGUACCUGGCCACCAUAUCACUGAAGAUAGUGGCCUAUACUAAGUACAGUGGCUGUAAGACCAGGAACCAGUGGGACAUGUGGCACCCGACCCUGGUAGGUGAGGCGGUGUUUGCCAUCGCCAACAUCUUCAGUUCCCUGCGUCUUAUCUCCCUGUUCACAGCCAACUCCCACCUGGGACCACUGCAGAUCUCCCUGGGGCGCAUGCUCCUCGACAUACUGAAGUUCCUCUUCAUCUACUGCCUGGUGUUGCUGGCAUUUGCCAAUGGGCUGAACCAGCUCUACUUCUACUAUGAGACUACUGCCGCAGAGGAGAAAACCAAGUGUAAGGGAAUCCGCUGUGUGGAGCAGAACAAUGCUUUCUCCACGUUGUUUGAGACUCUCCAGUCUUUGUUCUGGUCCAUCUUCGGUCUGAUCAGUCUGUACGUGACCAACGUGAACGCCGACCACCAGUUCACAGAGUUUGUUGGUGCCACCAUGUUUGGGACCUACAAUAUCAUCUCCCUGGUGGUGCUGCUUAACAUGCUCAUCGCCAUGAUGAACAACUCCUACCAACACAUCGCUGACCAUGCAGACAUCGAGUGGAAGUUUGCCCGGACCAAACUCUGGAUGAGUUACUUUGAGGAGGGGGGAACUCUGCCUUCUCCCUUCAACAUUGUGCCCAGCCCCAAGUCCGCAUGGUACCUGGCGUGCUGGAUCAAGAGGAACCUCUGCAGGAGGGAUCGCUCCAAACCCACAGAGAGCUUCGGGACCCUGGGGACACGAGCAGCAGAGAAUGUGAGAAGAAACCACCAAUACCAGGAAGUGUUGAGGAACCUGGUGAAGCGAUAUGUAGCAGCCAUGAUAAGAGAUGCCAAAACAGAGGAAGGGUUGACCGAGGACAACUUUAAGGAGCUGAAGCAGGACAUUUCCAGUUUCCGUUACGAGGUGAUGGGGAUGAUGAAGACCGGUAAACCCGGUUUGGCUGGUCUGGGUGGUGUCGGCAUGGGCGGUCCUGGGGCGGCUGGGGUUGGCGGUGAAGGGUCGUCCGGCUUGGCCUAUCCAGACUGGCCACUGAAGGUCCCCUCCAACCCUACACCAACACCACCAGCUGGCCAGCUGAAGAAACACAAGAAUACACUUUUUAGUGUAACCGCCUCCAUCCUCCAGCAGGGUGGGGCCACUACAGCCUCCUCCCCUCGGGCCCAAGAGGGACAGGGGCUGGCCAAUGGCCUGGCCCCCUCGCCCUCCAAUGGUGGUUCCUCUGGCUCUGCGAGGGCUUCGGACAGGCCGGGCCAGAGGAAAGACUUCCCCAGGGACAUCACAGAUUUCGGGCUGUUUCAGAAGCGCCAGAGGAGUGGAGCUGGAGCCACAGGGGCCGGAAUUAUAUACUCUGUGUCCGAGGAGUCGGGGGAGACAAAUGGGGAGGGGGUGGUUCGGAAGAGGGAGGCAGAGGGUGAGGAGGACGAUGGGGUGUUGAAGGACGGAGAGGAGGAGGAAAUGGCUGGUGAAGAUGGAGGGAAGGAGGACGGUGACAGAGCAGCAAAGGUGGGAAAGAAGGUGGAGGAGGAGGCAAAUGAGAGUUCACUGCCCCAGGAGUCGCAUGCUGAAGAAAACGGGGGGUCGGCCAGGAUGUCCACGGACGAGGUGCUUGAAGGAGAAACGUAGGCAACGUUUCUGAGAUAGAACAGCGGACGAGACCGAAGGGAGAAGAACUACUGCUGGACAGCGUGGCUGGCAAUCGUGCUGUUCUCUUUACAGGCUAAUAAGGACAUUAAUCAGGACAUUUGAACUGGAUUUCUUGCUGAGGUUUUUGCCUUGAGGUUGGGACACCACAGGAAUGAACUGCUGCUAUGGGAUACGCUUAUAUGGAUCUAUACAGUACCUGUAUGUAGCAAGACUUGGAUAAUCAGCACUGGAGCAUGUGGUCUUUGGAGACUCAGGGAAGCUUGCAACACUUUCUGACACUGAAACCUACCAACUUAGGACACUCUAGUCACCCCUGUAUGUGGAUUUUUAGUGUGUCCUUUACAGUCUGACCAAAGUCGUGUAUUAAGAGAGUUUGGCCAGGUUUUAGUGUGUUAGCCACGUUCAACUAUCCCCUAUGAAAUGAUGCACCGCACCACACAAGCAAAACUUAACAAAGAAAUUAGCAGACUAAUUUUUUGAUCAUUUUCAAAAUUAUCCGAAGUUAACAGCACAACCAAUAGGUUUGAAUAAUGGAUUAGUAACAGCUAUGAAGGACAAAGUGUUGCUCUCUGAAAGUUCUUUCACAUUGGCCAAACUAACUCAAUAUAAAUGACUCUGGCCAAUGAGAAAGCUUUAGGUAGUAUGUCAUAUGGGCCGACAAAGUCCUUAUGAUGUCAUUGAUUAUGUGACACCAGGGUUGUCAUUUGGAGUGAUGACGCAAUUUCGAAUAUUGAUGUUAUGAUGCUGUUAUGUGGAAUGAUGAUGUCAAUUAGAAUGUUGAUGUUUUGAUGAUGUCAUGGAUUAAGUCUACUGCUCCCCGAAAAGGGGUAAUUACUUUUUCCAGUUUAGUCUGCCCUUUGCUUCGACUUAUCAUCAAUAAUACUUCUUGCACUUCCUCUCUGUCUUCUUUCAGCACCUCUUGUACCUUUCCAUCUGAUAUUUCCUGCCUCUUAUUUGCCAAUUUUCUCUCUUGCCUCUCUCUACUUUCUGUCUGUCCAUCUCUUUGUAUUUCUGUCAUUUGAAAUAUUGGAUCAUUCUUUUCUUUCCUCUAGCUUUCUCUUUCCAUUCACCACCACCCACUCUCCUGGGCCUACUUCCCUUCCCUCUUUCUUCUUUUUUUUAUAUAUAUUUCUUUAGUUUUUUCAUUUCUUUCUUGCUCACUUUACCAUUUCCGAGUGAUUAAUGUUCUCUAGAUCUCUACCACAUCCCUUGCUUUCCCUGUCUCUAGGCUCAGUUAUGAACAGAGCAAUAGAUGUAAUCUGUUAUACUGUAGAUCCUUUCUCUCUGCCUUACUCUACUCCGUUUCUUUUAACACUCUAAGUGUGUCAAGAGUCAUGCAACAGAUAUGUAGUAUUUUCUCUAUGCAAACGUCGGAAGCCUUGUAUUUACUGGCUAAAGUAUUUGAUUUCAUUACUGCUGACAAUUCCGGGGACUUCUGCACAAACUACCAGGUUUUCUGGAAAAUCGUUGGAGAAUACCGGACUUUCCUGCUAAUUCUCUCCUGAUUCCUUAGUUUUUUUUGGAAUCUUCCAACUGAAAUGUUAGGGAACACCUGCGGAUCUUGGUAGGAUUACCAUAAUUUGUGGGCUUGUACCAUCAGGCGCGUGCACAGAUCUACCUGUGCCUAAGCACCUGCCCUUUGCUCCUAUAGUCACCAAGUGCCCUUUUGGCUAGUAUAUAUAUAUAUAUAUAUAUUUUUAUUAUUAUGUUUUUUUGUCUUUGUUCUGAACCUAGACUACCCGCAUGUCAUCAACGUAUUAUUGAAUUCCAGAGUAUUGCACAGCAACCAUUCAGUUGGCCUUAGUGGGAGUGACCAUGCGACCAGAUCAUGUGACUAAGAUGUAGUGACAAUGGGAAUGGACAAUCUGAGUAGUUUUCGUCAAAACCUUUUAGUUUAAGCAAAUGAAAAAUACUGCAGGGCGUGGUUGCGAGUGGAGCAGUGGUUCUGGCAUUUGAUGCUGAAAACAAGCACUUGCCAAUUGAAAUCCAGGCUAGCCUGAGCCAGCCACUGUCAUUUCCCAAAAGACAGGCUGAGCUAGCGGCCUGCAACACUAAAUGUAAGGUUUCUUCAGUAGGCUAGCUUGCUAGCUACUGCACAAUUAACACGUUUGAAUUAACUGCCUCGUUGUGCCCAGAGGCAGUCCGGUAUUGAGACCGCUCAGCUGCAAUGUGCGCACAGCUGUCCCACAAAAGCUGUACAGCAUUGCAAUUGGGGACUGGGGACUGGGUACAGAAGUGUGUGUGUGUGUGUCGACUAAGCCAAAGCCUAACGCGCAGUGAAGUUUUGAAUUCUUGUUUGAGAUAAACCCAAUCCCGAGUUACUGCAGUUCCGGUUAGUUGGUGGGUUGGUUGUGCCCGUCACUGGUCCGUCUGGAGUUUGCACGAUGCCCCGUAUCCCGGUCUUCGCUGUAUGAACCUUGCACACGCCUGGCAUCCAAACAUGCAUGGCUUGAGAGAAGCGGCCGCCAGGUUGAGCGUAUGUUACUAAAGCUAGUUCCAAUAAUGAGCAGCCUAUCAGUCAGACUAGUUCUGACGACGAGUCACUUAGCCGAGGUCUUCAUCACUAUCCGUUUUGAUUUUUGAGCAUCUACAAUUUAUGUGUACACCACUGCUGAAUUCUACUCCCCCAAUGUAAUAUGGCCAACAUGCAAACAGGCAGUUACUACAGAAUGUUAAUAUAUACACAUGAAAGUACAUCUUCAGUACAUUGUUAUUCAUGUUUUUUAUCGCCUGGGUCGCUCUGUUAGAAUUGCAGAUGGAGGGAGUAGUGUUGGGGAAGAACCUUGUGAUUUCAUGUUAGCUUGAGAGAGACCAUUGUUAUAGACAUGAGGUAACAUGAAGAAUAAACACUGAGCUUGUCACAA